AAAGCGUAGUUUUCAUUUUUCUUGAUCCGCUCAUCUCCCGCUCUCCAAUCUCGUCUUUCUUCCCUAUCUUUCCCAAAACCCUAAACCCUCCGUGGGACCACCGCUCCUCCGCCAGCAAUGCCGGAACCUGACGGCGGUGAGCUUGGUCCACUCUCCUCAAGCCCCACGCCGCCUCCUUCAUACCCCCUCCGUCACUCGCUCCGCUCGCCGCUCUCCCCUCGCGUUUCUCUCUGCUGGUGCCGCGGCAACUCUCUGCGCGUCUCCCUCUUUUCUCAGCCUGCCUCCGAAGUCGAAUUCGGUGGAGAAGUGGUCGAGCUGAAGCUUAACGACGGCGGAGACGGAGAGAUCAGCAAUGCUCAGUGGCGUAGAAUCGCCUAUGGAUCAGUCUCGCCAUUUGCGAUGCUCCAGAGUCGGAGGAAUUCGUUCUCGAGUUUGUCGAAGAUUAAUUCCUCGCCUUAUCACCUUGAAUGGUGGGAAUAUGUGAUGGAGUACAGCAAGGACAUAAACUCGCUCCUGGGUAAUCCAAAAUCUUCCAAGAAUAGUCUAAUUGAAGACCCGAAAACGUUUGUACAGAAAAGUGAGGAGCCUACAUGUUUAAAGGCUGCAUGGGAGUUGAUGGAAAUGUUUUAUGCAGAUAAGCUAUCUCAACCAUGGCUACCGGAGCGACUUGUUGAUUGGCUAGCUGAUUAUGAUAGCCUCUUUGCCCGUGCUUAUGGUACUGUUUACUCGAAGCUCUUGAAUUUUCAGAAUGAGCUCAUCAACUUACAGGUCAUUGAAGAUGAUCCUAGAUAUUGGGAGGUCAUAGCGUCGGCAUUAGCAGUUGGUUGGCUGGAGAUUGUGGUGAAGCUGUUACGCUUACAUGGAUCUUACCAGUUGGAUCAGCUCAGUAAUCGCGAGACAGAAAAUGGACUAGUAGAAGCUGUUGCUGUUCUUAUCUCGAAAAUGCCACGCAUGCGUCCUGAACUAGAACCUAGGAGGUUAGGUGAAUGCUACAAAGCUAAGCCUGAUUUUAUCAAGGCAUGGGAGAAGUGGAGAGGACAAAUAAAUAAGCUGGACUGUAGUGCAUUUUGGAUUCAGUGCCAUCAUGUUCAGACUCGGGAGGGAUUAAGAAAUUUGCUUCAGAUCAUGCUGGGAAACAUGAGCAGCCUCUCAGCAGCAACCUCUCAUUGGCUGGAGUUAUAUAUUUCUCACUUCCUUUAUGUCAGGCCAUUUACAGCGGGUUUAGAAAGCAUGUACAGCCUAGCCCAGAGGUGUAUCCAAUUGAAACCAAUGUCCAAUUCUCAUAAGUUGAUGGGAGUAAUGAUUGGAAUUCUUGGAGAAAACACUGAGGUUGUGUUAGCAGAAUCCUCGAAAGAGUUUGGCCCUUGGAUGGCUGCCCAUGCCAUAGAAUUGUUGACUGCUGGAAGCGAUGAAGCAGAAGCUCUUUUGCGUGAAGAGCGUUAUAGUUUGGGGGAAAUUAGCUUGGAGGAACUCCAUCGACUUGUUUAUGCCCAAGUUCUGUCCUCCCAUGCUUUAAGUUGGCAGAUUGCUCCUGUUUAUUUAUCAUCAUGCCUGAAGCAAGGAAUGGGUCUUUUAGAGAUUUUACUGUAUAGGCAACCUGUCCCACACAAAGAACUGCUGCUCAAGAAUCUGGAGAUUUGCCGUUUGUAUGAGCUUGACGACAUCAGUUCUAAUAUCAUGAAGAUGGCUGGAGUUCAUCAUUGGAAGCAUGGUCGAAAGGGUUCUGGAGUAUAUUGGCUUCAGCAAGCACAAGAUGAAUUUCGUCUUAACAAAAUUGCUCAGCUGCUGUUCGGCUCUGUAGGCAAAUCAAUUUCAGAUGAAAGUUUUAAGCAAUGGGAAGGUCUAAUUGAGUUGUUGCAUUCUGAAUCUAAAGCUGCUGGUGGCCUUGAGUUUCUGCUCAAGUAUAGAGACUUCAAAAGGUUGCUACAGCAGAUUGGUGACGGGAAGAAUGAUGUCGCUGCUCAGCAAGCUGUCGAGUCUCUCAUGUUGCUUAUGAAGAACCCUUCGACGCCUCAAAGAUUUUGGCUGCCUCUGCUUAAUGAUUCAUUGAAGCUGCUGAAUUGGCAGGAUCGGCCUCUUCUGAACGUUUCCCAAACCAAUCUUUUGUUGAAUAAACUGCAAGAGCUGUCCAUAGCUAGGCUUCGUCCACACUUCGUCAAGCCUGACUUCCCAAUGGAGGCCUUGAAUUCUGUAAGGCUAUCCCUCGCGACUAAUCUCGGGCGUGCCAUUUUAGAAGAGUGAGCACUCAUGGUAUCAUGUAUCAUCUGGUAUUUUGUGGCUCCCAAUUGAGAAUCAAUCCCUGGGCUUACAGGUCGAGCCUCGCCCUGUAAAAUAGCUAUUCUGUUUAGUUCCUGGAAACUAAUGUCCUAUAAGGCGAGUGUAUGCUUUACUUGUCAGGUUUUCUUGUGUUUGUUGCAUCUAUGUAAGAACCUAUCAUACCGCCUCUCUAUAAAUUAAAUGGUUUCUCUUUAAAAUUUUGAGUUA